CUGUCAUCUCUGUCAAAAGUUACAGUGUUUCCAAAUCUUUUCGUCGAAUAUGGUCAACCCUAUAUACAGCAUGGAGAUAUCAAUAUCAAAUAUUGAGUUAAGUUCGCAAUUCAAUCACUCUCUGGAAGCAGUAGCAGAACCUUCUCACCGCCGCAGUGGUAUGACUGAACGCGAUAGACAAAUGCCACGACAUGAUGAAGUUUAUGAUUAUGAAGAUGUUUAUGGUAAUGAGAGAAGAGCUAAUCAAGGUCGCCGGACAAAUCAUCGUCGUUCUGCAUCGUCUUCUCGUAUUGAUCCUCGUACUUAUAAGCCUAGUUCCUUUCCUGCUGGAUUAGCUAUCAGUCCACACGUGAAUCCCCACCGGAUAUUUGAAUUAAAAACUUAUGACUUUCCUGCUGAUAAACAAAUUCAAACGAAAUCAUCAGAUAGAGCCUUAGAAAUAUUAUCAAACAAAACAAAAAUUGUAGUAGUAGAAGAAACCAGUAAUGAAGCUUUUGCAACAUUGGACAAAACUCGUCAUCUCCGUCCAAUAUAUGAAUGUAAUUCAGAGGACAAACGGAUGAAAAUAAAUAUAAUAACCGGCCUUGUCAGUGAAAUGACUCUACAAGAAAUCAAGGAAUGUCCAGUAGACUGCCCAAUCAGAGAAGAGGAUUUUGUUAUCAUAAAUGCACACCAACAUGCUUCACGUCAUUAA